GGAAAGCGCAUUUCCAUUCUUUAUCACCCGUAGACAAUGCCGCUUCGAAGUGGCCAACGUUUUAGUAACGAUUUAACGAUUUAAAACUUAAAGCUAGCGAUAUCCUCUUUUCGUCCCUCCCACAUCCUGUCUUAACAUAGUAACCUCGUCUUCUUAAUCUGUUCUUCGCUGUUAAUUGAGUCAAGAUGGCUACCGAUAGAGUCAAUUCGAUUCUCAAGCACCUGUCGCCGGGUUCCCCUCUGGCUACUAUAACGUCAAAAAACCCGGACGAUAUAGUUAUCACGCUUGCCGUUCGGACACCUCUCUGCAAAGGCAAGAAGGGCGGGUUCAAAGACACCAGCGUCGAGUAUCUUAUGUAUGCUAUCCUCAAGGCUGCGCGCGAACGUUUGGGCUUCUCCCCGGACCUCGUCGAAGAUAUCUGCAUGGGAAAUGUGUCGGACGGCAAAGCGGCUUACAAAGCACGUGCCGCAGCUCUUGCUGCUGGAUUCCCCAACACCACGAGCGCUUCGUCCGUAAACCGGUUCUGCUCCUCCGGCCUCAAGGCCACCGCCGACAUCGCCCACCAGAUUGCUUCAGGUUCGAUAGAGGUAGGAAUUGCCGCCGGUACCGAAUCCAUGUCUGCCGGAGGUGAUGCCCUCGAGCAGCCCUUCGACAAGGAGGUGACCAAGCACAGUCAAGAAGCGGACGACUGCAUGAUGGCCAUGGGUUGGACGAGCGAGAAUGUGGCGAGGGACUUUGGGAUCUCGCGCCAGGUUGUCGAUGAAUUUGCGGCCGAGAGUUUCAGGCGAGCCGAAGAGGCGCAGAAGGCCGGUCUUUUCGACGACGAGAUAGUCCCCAUCACCACAAGAAUAAAGGGCCCCGAUGGCGAAUUCAAGACCGUCACGCUAACCAAGGACGAGGGUAUUCGGCCGGGGACGACGGCUGCCGGUUUAGGAAAAAUCCGCUCUGCAUUUGCGCAAUGGGGCCCUAUUACCACCGGAGGUAACGCCAGCCAAGUUACCGACGGCGCUGCCGCAGUGGUGCUCAUGAAGCGUUCCAAGGCCGCCGAACUCGGCCUCCCUAUCGUGGCCAAGUAUGUCGGGUCAACCGUCGCCGGUCUGGCUCCUAGGAUUAUGGGUAUCGGACCCACCGUAGCGAUCCCCAAGCUACUCAAGCAGCACAACAUCACCCUGGAUGAUGUCGACGUUGUGGAGAUUAACGAGGCAUUCGGGACUAUGGCUGUCUACUGCAGAGAUUUCCUAAAGUUAGACUGGACCAAGAUGAACCCUCGAGGCGGUGCUAUCGCUCUCGGUCACCCGCUCGGCGCCACAGGUACCCGGCAAAUCGUCACUGGUCUAAGCGAACUCAGGCGGACGAAGAAGAAGAUCUUGUUGACAAGUAUGUGUAUUGGAACGGGAAUGGGUAUGGCUGGUCUGUUCGUAAACGAGCAAUGAUGCAUAUAGUCGACGGAUAGCUGGGGUAAUGCCGAAAUGAAGAACUGUUAUGUUCUCAUUUUUUGUACAUGUGAUCAGUUCUAUAGCGCCAUAUAUGCCUUUUUUCCUCAGCAAAACCACUUCAUACCUAUAUUCG